AUGGAUGGGGUUCUGCAAGCCGCGGAUGCCAAGGACUGGGUUUACAAGGGGAAGGCACAGCGAAUCUCAUCCUCAGCUAGACCGGCUCGUUCCCUUCCAUGGGAUUUUCUGGAGCUUGUUGAAAAGAAUGUUCUUAGCAGCCGUCCUGCUUGGAGAGUAAAUGCAAGUUCAAUUGAUAACACUGCUGAUGCCGCUCUUCUAAUACCAGACCACUCAUUAUUUUCUGGUAAUCCUACGGGUAGCAGCUGCAUAGCUGUAGAGAUAAAGGCCAAAUGUGGGUUUCUGCCAUCAUCAGAAUAUAUAUCAGAAGAUAACUCUAUCAAAAAACAAGUAAUGAGAUAUAAGAUGCAUCAGCACCUCAAAUUUCAUCAGGGUGAGAUAUCGAAGACUAGUGAAUACAAUCCUCUUGAUCUAUUUGCUGAGUCAAAAGAAAGAAUACGCAUGGCCAUCAAGUCAUUUUUCUCAACUCCUCAGAACAACUUCAGGAUUUUUGUGAAUGGGUCUUUAGCUUUUGGUUGCAUGGGAGGUGGUGCAGAUAAUGUUCAUCCUGCUGACACCCAGAAGUGUAUUGAAGAUCUCAACAAGUUUAUAGAUGUGAUUGUUAGUGCGGAUGAUAUUCAAGAUGAUCAAAAGGCAAGGAUAUGUAAAAAGCUUGGGGAAACUGAUAAGAUAGCUGAUGCGAUUGAGAAUGAGAAGGAAGUUUCCAAGGCGUUUUAA